CGAACUCCGCAUAAGAAAAGGCCCACUGUUUUUAUUUUUAUUUUUUAAUUUUAAUUUUUUAAUUCUAAUUUUUUGGGGUGUCGGAGGAGGAGGUAGUGGGCGAUUUCGUCGUCGUCGUCGUCGCCGCAACUGGACGAGAUCGAUCGUAGGGUUCGCCGCGUCGAGGAUCUAGGGCUCCGUAACCCUCGAUCGGGAUCCGAUUUUGUCGUCGAAUUCGCGAAUUUGGCACCUUAAUCGACAAACCUCGGGAGGUUGUUGGAGUGGCUAGGGCAUCGAAACGAUGGGGUUCGAGGGAGCGGAGAAGGGGGGAGUCGAGGGAGGCGGCGGAGAGGAGGUGGAGAAGGCGGAGUCGUCGUGCUCGAUUUGCCUCGAGGCGGUGGAGUUUGAAGGGGGCCGAUCCACCGCGAGGCUCCAAUGCGGGCACGAAUUCCACCUAGAUUGCAUAGGUUCAGCAUUUAAUGCUAAAGGUUUGAUGCAAUGCCCUAAUUGUCGAAAAGUUGAGAAAGGUAACUGGCGUUUUGCAAAUGGCUAUCGCCCACCGCCAGAUGUUAACAUUGACGAAUGGACGAAUGAUGAAGACCUAUAUGACCCUGGUUACUCAGAAAUACCAUUUCCCUGGAUUCAUUCAGGUAGAGUAGGCCAGGCUCCGCCAGUGUUGGAGAGCAGUGAAUGGGACUGGGAAUCACCCCUACCAGUUAAUUUUCAUGAACAUGUAGCAACAUCAGGAGCAACAGAUCAUCCAUGCCCAUAUGAGACUUACAUUCUCCAACCAUCAUCAUCAUCAUCUUCAACAACUAUAUCAUCAUCAAAUUCCCAUCACAGUUCUGAAAGAGAUGGUCACGCAUAUUUCAAUCAGUGGACUCAGAUGCCCAGAGCAGCAGAUGUACAUCCAAGUGAUUUCCAUUAUAAUGCUGUGUAUUCAGAAGCGAUGAGCGGCAGGAGGUUUGGUUCAGAUGAUCUUGCAAGGCCUGGACCGUUUGUCCAUCCAGGAUAUUUUAGUAAUGGAUCAAGAUCUACAGCGGCCACCGCCAUUCCGCCGGUUCACCAAUACGCAAGGUCCCGCGGCAACAUCAACGAAAACUAUCCGCACCAGUCGAACAUCUUCAACAUUAAUAUACGCCUAUCCGGAGGAUCGUUGUUUUUGCCUUCAAUAGGCCCAUUGCUGCCGCCGCCGCCGCUGCUUCCUCCGCCGCCGCCGCCGCCUUUUGGAGAGUUCAUUCCCUUUCGCCUGUUCCCGCCGACUGAUUCGUCACGCCCACGUGCCCUAGAAUCCGAGGGUCUCAGAGGGAGAGAGUUCUACACUUGGGAGGGAGAUCACUUUGCACCGUACCCGUUGACACCGAUUGAUCGCGAGACAAGUCGGACUCCAUCGGAUGCCGCGACCGAUUCCCACCAUGGAUCCCCAUUCAGGCAACAGAGCGGCCUCGACAGAUCAUCAUCCUCACGAAGUCGUUCAGAGAGCUCGUAUAAUCAUCAGUCGAUACGCCAUCCUCGCAUGCAGUCUUUUAUGUGAACUUCCAGCUCUCCUCUGGUUUUUUUUUUUUUUUUUUAAGUCAAGAUGGCUCUGUUACAAACUUUGUAUAAAGAAAGAAAUAACUGUUACUUGCAACAGACUUUGGGGAGUAAAACUAAGCAAAGCUAAAACAAUUUUUUGCUUUAAA